GUCUCUGGACGCAGCGUGCACAUCAGUUGAACGACCCAGUGUGAGAUUUAAAUGCCAGACAUCCACUACAACAGUUUGACUCAAACAUCAAACAUUCGAUGAAACAGGUUAAACACCAAGGAUUAUAAAGGAAGUGAAUCUACAGCUUUAGCAUGCAGCCGAUGGCGGCAGAAAAAGAACACCCUCCCCAAAGCCAGCUGUUGGAUUCCCUGAGGGUGUAUCUAAACAACAAGAAAAGACUACAACCCAUUAUUGGUCUAAGCAGUAUCAUAGAAUGUGGGAAGGCAGGAACACUGAACAGAGAAGUGUUGUUCUUGUGUGAGGUGUGUAUGUGUCGCCUAAGCAAAGCUGACAUACGGAACCACAUAAUGGGAAGUCUCCAUAGAUACAACUACAUCAGAGUCCGGCGUCCAGAUCUGGCGUCUGAAUGGAAGGAAAACUUGGACCUGUCUAAGCUGGCGUGGACGCUGAUGGACAUCGCGAAGAUGCUGGAGGACAAAGAAGGACCUGGAGAUGUGCAGCUAUUAGAGAUUGAAGAUUGUGUUUACCAGACAUUGGCGUCCUUCAGCGAGAGUGAUGCCGUAGCUCUGAUUCAGAUCUUAAGAAAUGGCUCUGUACAGAAUGGACAUGAGAGCCUAUCAGGGGUGGAGAAGCAGGAGUCCAUCCAAUCACAAAGGACUGUACUGCUUUCUGAUAAGAGUCGAGCAAAUACAAACAAUCGUCCAUCUUUAAUGCAGUCAGCUCUUACGAAGUCAGAAAGCUGUUUCAACAACACUUCUUCAUCACGGAUGGACCACACUCAGACAACCUCUGACCCCUUUAUGCAGACCGAGAAUAGCAGCAGCUAUCUUGAUGGCUACGCUGGAACAGAGCCUCUGAUUGGUCUUUCCAGAGUGGUGGAGUGUAAAGGUGAAGAUGGCCAAACAUACUGUUUUUUAUGCCACUGCUGCCGCAUCAGAUCCAACAACCAGGACAUCAUUGAUCACCUCAGCAGCUCUUCCCAUCUCGUGAACUAUGUGACGGAAACUCGUCCUGAGCAGGCGGAAGUUAUGAUGGUAGAUGUUAACAGUGACUACCGGCUUCUCCAAUCCCUGGCCUGGACGGUGGAGCAGGAGGAGGGUGGAGGAGAACUGAGGGUGAUAAGAGCACCAGAAUCCCUCUGUGUCCAUCUGGCUGGCAAAAGUUACCACUGGUGUAUAAAGAUGCUUCGGGAUGGAUGGACACAAACUGACAUCCUAAAGAGAAAAAAAGCUGCCAAAGGACCCAAUGUGAACAUUGAGACUGAAGUGAGAGCUACCACAGUUCAAUCACAACACCAAAACAAAAGGAAGAGCACACAGAAGAUAAGGAAAAAGACAAACACUGUGUUUAAGGUAAGCCUGCCUCUCACUGAAGGACUGCUGCUGCUGGAGAGGACUUCCUUCAGCAUGGACACCAUCCCUGUGUCACCAUCCUACUCACCUCCAUCAGACUCAGAUCUCAACUCUUUACCUAAGUGCAAGUCGGAGGACUGUGAGCUGGACUGUGACGCCAAUUUGGAACCAGAGGGAAACAUCACCACGUGCCUUUAUCAGGAAGGAAAUACUAACCAGUGUGACUAUGAGGACUCUAACCAGUAUGAACACAUAAGUGGGAGAACAGAGCAACACUUCUAUGAAGACAGUGCUUACAACACUUUUGAAGAAGAAUCAGGAUAUAUGAUGAACAAAGAGCAGUCACCAGCACAGAGUGAAUGGUCACUGCCUCCAGGGUGCCAUGCUCAGGAGUGGGCGUCCUGUUACGCUUCCCAUGGAUGGGGGGACUGGUACCAGUCCUACUAUGCUUCCUAUGGAUGGGGGCAGUGGUACCAGUCAAACUCACAGAGUCAAGCUGAAGGAGUUGAAGUGCCGAGAGACAUUACACAAGGAGAGUGGAGUUCAUAUGCUCCCAGCUAUUCCUACAACUAUCCUACUGUCGGUACUGACAGGUGUUAAUGGUUUCAGAAUCCACCCUCAUUUAGGAGAUUCCCCAGCUCAUAAAGGCAGCAUUUCACCAGACUAGCACCAUGUAGCACCAGCUAGGCUUAAAUUUACAUUUGAACACAAGUUCUUACUCACAAUGAUGGUUACACAUUACUCAAUCUACCUAAGGGUGUUAAAUAAAGUUCCCUGACAUUACUACUGUCAUUUGAGGUGUUGAGAGUUGAACAAAGGCUAGAGUAAAUCCCAGUUCAGACGAGACAAGAUGAGUUGAACCUCUUGCAGCAGUCUGCUCUGCAAUGUUCUAAACACCUGAACGUUCAAACUACUGAGACUGAAAGAGGCAAUGCAUCAUUUACAUAGCAAGGACUCUCAGUCACUUAGUUUAAAGUGGUUUAUUUCUGAAGGUACUGCACAGUUAAAUCUGUCUCUACAACAGAGACAGUUCUGCACUUUCACUGUUUUUCCUGCAUCUUUAUCAUCAUGAUGAUACCUAACAUCAGACUGUUUGAUUCCUGAUCAUCACUCAUUCAUUCUUCAUUACCAUCCUAGCAUGGCAGUGAAAUUUCACACCACAUUCAAACACAAAAAAAUGCUUUACUAGGUCAGUCUUGUUAAAAUAAAGAUAUCUGGCUUGAAUCAUUCAUUUUCCAUGGACUAAUUUAGCUCCUACAGCCUUGAAUUUCUCAUAGAUUAUCUUAUGUAGUGCCGUCCUGCUUUCAAGUGCAGCUGGAAAAACCAGAGCCUUUUCAAAACAAUAACUCAACUGGUAUAUACAUCUUAACUAUCACACCCUCCACCUAAAGGAUGUCAAAUCUGGCUGUCAUGGUGUACUGUUUGGAAAGGUGGGAUAAAUUGAAGGAUGGGUAGCAGAGGUUUUUACAGGCUCUUUGUUGUCAGCAGUGUGCUGUCCAUGAUAAAUAACAUCCUCUAAACACUUUAAUUGUCAAUGAGCAGAGAGACAUUUGGUCACAGUACUGUCUACUAUUGUUAUUUUACAUUAGCUGUAGGUAAAGGAUACAGGCUUUUGUUAUCUAAUCUAAUGUUUUAUAUUUUGCAUACACUCUCUAGCUGUUUGACACUUAAAGGAUGCCAUCAGCCUCUUCAGAUUAGAAAACAGAGGCAGCACUGUAACUAACACAGCAUUAGAAAAAAUGCCUCUCACUGAUUGGUCAGAAUAUUUCGAUUAGGUUGGAUGUUGUGGUCUACUAGAACCUUACACCUCUGUGGUACAACCAAACGCUGACAGGUUAACAAACUAGACCAGAACUUUAUCUAGAACUUACCAUCGCUGGUGCAACAGGCUUCUGUUACUAUACCCUAUCAAGCCAAAUCAGGAGGCCACUAAUCAAACUAAUCAAACCAGCAGCUGACUCCUGUCCCAGUCCAGUCUGAGUCUAGUCUCACAGCUCCUGAUUAGUCUGGUCUGAGGUUUUACUUGAUCAAUGGGAAAAAUCUCAUUCAGUGCUUGCCCAGCCCACAUUUAAUCCUUCAUACUGCAGUCCUUAAUUGGAGAUUCUGGCAAAUUCCUCUGUACAUGGUCAAGAUUGGUUCAGAACCAUGUCUGGUUUCAGAGAAGCACCUGGCUUCUGUCUGCAGUGGGGCUCUCCUAAUGAAGGGAUGUUUGCUGACUCUGAUGAAACCUGUAACAGCUGAGGGCAUGCAUUCUUUGACUGUUCUAUCAUUGUAUUACUUUAUUAUUAUUUGCCUGAAACUGUUGGGGAUUAAGUUCAGACAAUCAAAUCUAUAAACCCAAAGAGACUUUGGUCAACUUGAUUGAGAUUUAUAACCUGUUACACUUUAGAUGAGUUCAUCUUUCUACAGUUGGCAAAGCUAAUACUGUGAGAUUUUUAUAACAAUGUUGUUUAAGACAUCACCCCUUGUUUUGUUUGUUGUCUUGGAUAAAUGAAUGUCACUAAAGCCAUACAAGCCAGUUUGGGGAUACUGAGAUAAUAAUAAGCAGGGAUGCACGAUGUUGGAUUGUUACCCACAUCCAAUGUGCUGAUAUUUAAAGAUCAAUUUUAGCCAAUACUAAUUAUCAAUACCUAUUAUUAUUUACAUGUAGUUCAGACCUAAAACUUCAGUCCAUAAAAUACACAGUUUUAGUUUUAAUAAAUGAAUAAGUGUCAGUCCUUCAAACAGACUUUAAAAUGUGAGGAAUGAUGAUGAUGAAUAAAAAGCUGAUGUAGGUCUGUUGCUCCAGACUAAAACUCCAAACUUAUUCAUAUGGCCGAUGUUUACAGCUGAUUUAGACAGAUUUUUAUAGCCAGAAUAUGGGUUGUAAAUAUCUGCAGAAAUUUUCAUUUUUGCUGAUACUGAUAUGCCAAUAAUAUUGUGCAUCCCUACUAAGUGAAACUACCUGAAAUUGUUUCUGUGUUUUACAUCAGUUCUUACCAAAUGAGGGAAAACACACACGGCAGUAAUUAUCAUCACAUUUACUAAAGAUGGUUACAGAUUUUUGUAUUUGGUUUUGAGCAUCAACUGGAAAAGUUUUAAGUUAUUAAAAGUUUUAAGUUAUUUAAAGUUAUUCUGAUAUUCUGGUUGAUAAUUUUCUCUUGAUAUGUUAAAAACACUGGCCAGAGUUUCUAUUUCUAUGGGCCCAUUAUACCCAAGUGACUUUAUUUAUUUUGAUCACUCUUUGAAAGAAAGAAAAACAUGUUUAAAUCACAUGGUCCAACUUUGGAAACUUUCCCCUAACAGUGCCAGUGUGGAGGAGGUCUAUUAUUUUAAGGUUUUUUUCUGAUUUUGUGCAGUAUGAAAUCAAAGAUGGUAUGGAUCAAAAGGGAAUGAUACACUUGUUUGCUGUAAAUAAAAUUUGGUUAAGUGACAGGUUUUAGCUUCAUGUUUUUUUCAAAGCUGGAAAGAGUACAAGACUGCUGUAAUCAAGUAAAAGUAGUUAACUUAAAGUACUAAGGAGUAUCUAUUAAGGAGUUGUACAGUAAAAUACGAUCUCUGCUUAUUUGCAAUCAUACAUGAGAACACUGAUCACUUUGUUCAGGUAAAGUCACACCUUUUAAAAGUGUAAUCUAGGGGUGGGAGAAAAAAUCAAUACAGCAUUGAAUCGCUAUAUUUUGUCUGGUGAUAUAUCGUACCGUCUCAUCCACCAAAUAUCAACAUUUUCAAAUAAUUGCUUAUAUGAACUGAAGACUAUGAUAAUGGAAAAAUAAAACCAAUUGCUUGCACAAAAUUGUUUGUCCGGUGAGGUCUGCAGAGGUGACAGUCAUAGGGCAGGAGAAAUGUAGUACAACGAACAUGGCAGCAUCAGGGGAAGGACAUUAAGACUGCAAGCAGGGCACAAAUGAGAUGGACAUGACACAUGAGGUUGCAAGAAGUGCAAAAUGAAAAUAAAAUACUGCGGAAAUACGACAAACAUGAGGGCAAGACGAAUGCUAAAACAGCUUAACAGUUUUAAGUUAACUACUUUUUUGGCUCUGCUCAAAAAAGUACAAGUGCACAAAAAAGUUGUUUUUGUUUGACCUACGAGUAAAUAUUGUGCUGUGGGAAGCUGCAUCAAGUGUCCAGGGAUAGAACAAACCAUAUGCCAUUUACUCAAUUUACUGUAAUUGAGUCAGGUGUCUCUGAUCUUCCUCUUGACAUGUCCCCAGAGUUUAUGUAGUUCAGGUCAGACCAGUUGGCUGGCCAAUCAAGCACAGUAAUAUUAUGGUCAGUAAACCGGUUUCUGGUAGUUUUGGCUCCCUUUGGGCAGAUGAAAAGGAAAUCAGUAUCUCCAUGAAUGGCUCUUAACAUUUCCUGGUAGACUGCUGACAGCCUUGAUUCUGGACUUGAUAAAGACCAGUGGACCAACAGCAGCAGAUGACAUGGCACCCCAAACAAUCACUUACUGUGAAGACUGAAAAAGCUGGACUUCAGGACCUGAAGGAUUCUGGGCCUCUCUGAUCUUCCUCCAGACUCUGAGACCUUGACUGACAAAUGAAAAUAGGACUUUGGGCCACUGAGACCACAACUGUCCAGUUCUUUUGCUCCUUUGCCCAGGUGAGACUGAUGAUGUUUGUGAUUCAGGAUUGGCUCCACUCUGAGAACACCACACUUGUAGUUCAUUUCCUGGACCCGUCUGUGUGAUAGCCCUUGAUCCACUGACUCCAGUCUCAGUCCGCUCCCUUUGAAGCUCCCCUAAGUUCUUGAAUCUGCUUUGUUUGACAAUCCUCUGGCCAAGCUCAUUCCUGUUGGUUGUGCUUCUUUUCUUACCACACUUUUCAUGAAUAUGCUUUGAUACAGCCUCUGGAACAACCUGCCCUUUCACCCGUGACCUUCUGUGGCUUAUCCUCCAUAUGGGAUGGCAAUGACUGGAUUGUGUG